UCUAUUGUGUUAAUGGCUUUUUUUGACUAAUUUAAGUUUUUGAAUUUAGCAAACCGACGCUUGGUGAUUGUUAAGACAUAUUACGCGCAAUAGUCAACCUUUUUAGCCUAAAUUAGGAUAAAAGGCAUUGCACUUGUUUUUUAUCUUCUGUAUGGCGUCUUAUCGAAUAGAAACGAAGCAGCCACAAGCGUUCGGGCUCGCUUACCGUAACGAUCUUAGCGGCUCAGUGCAGUAUAUUGGAGAGGUGGAGGACACGGACGAUGAUAGAGAGAGUUUAAUAGAUGGAAGGACCCAUAACAAUAGAGAUGAAGUUACAGUACAAGCGGGGCUUGAACUCCUACGAAGUAUAGACCGAUUUACUCUACAACAAGUUGUUGACAGAAAAGACGCGUGGUCCAGUCUGGUCAGCUUUAGAGUCGAAGAUGGCAGAGGUGAUCAUUUGUUUGACCUCAAGGAGAUUAAAUCUUCUGGGAGCUUCUUGCGUGGGAUUCUAGGAAUGGGGCGUCAUUAUUACAUGAAGGUGAUUGACGUGAACCAGAACACGUGUCUCCUGGAGCUAGAGCAUCCGCUGUCCUGUGGUGCGCCCGCACUAUGCCCCUGGUCUGCGCCCACGAUGACAGCCCGUAUGCCCACUGGGGAGGUGCUUGGCCAAAUAAGACACAGCAAUCGGGAAACCUGUGGAUCGUGUUUCCCGCCAUCUUCAUAUUUUGACUUGUUUGACGAUAAGGGCGAGCUCCUGUACUCGGUCCAGGGGCCUGGAUGCCACCCGUGCGAGUGCACCAUCGACUCCGUGGCGUCAUUCCAGCUCAUGAAACAAAAUCCGAACCAAAAGAAUUCGCCAGAGUUUGUUGGCGAGGUAAACCACAUCUGGCGGGGUCCCUGUGGUGGCUGUUUGAGCUGGUGUGUGACGUCAGAGACAGACCGAGCCUCGAUUACAUUUUCCAGAGGCGCUCCAGUGCAAGAAAAAGCUCUCUUUAUUGGCCUACUUGUCCUUUUGACAUCCAUCUACUGGGAAGUUCAGUGAAGCUUUUUCAUGCCCUUAUAAGGCAGCCUUUAGUAAUAUUUUUUUCUGAGCGGGGAGGUGCAAGGAGUUGCGAAUGAGGUGCAGGGGUGGGGCUUAGGGGGAGGGGUGGGGAUGAAAGAGGAAGAGCGUUCACGAGAUCGACGGAUGGGGAGCUGCUUCUAAUCGUUCUAUCAGUACAGGCACGUAGGUACCCCCCGCUCCCCCCAAAUCCCCACCCCAGCAACAGUCUACGGGCCUGUAAGAGACACGCCUCUGAUCUCAUUCAGGAAUACAGCAAAAAGAUGUUUUCUUUUUGUUUUUCACUUCUUUGUCAAAGCAGUCCAUAUGUGAAAACUUUUGAAGAUUCCUUGUUUGUUUCAUGUGUGAAACAAGACAUUUGCAACUACUGACUUGAUGUGUCAAUUUCGGAUGCAAUAUUCAGUGGGAGGGGGAUUUUUGUCUUAACCCAUCAUGGGUUAAUAUGUGAUUUGUGGCGGCACAGAUGGCGAUCAUUAAUGUUUAUUGGAAAUUUAUGUUGUCAGAAUUGUUAAUAGAUACAUCAGUGAGUCGCUAUAAUACUGUGUUCAGUAUUUCCGACAAACAUUUCACCUGGACCACUAAAAAACCUGAACAAAAAUUCAGCCAAGGAGGUUUUGAUGAGUUUUAAUUUAGUACGAAGAUUAUUUUUUAUAGAAAUGUAUUAACAUAUAUGACAUCUUAAGAAAAAUACAAGCAUAAUUUGUGUUAGCCAUGUAGUUUCCUUGCUUCAUGUAUGAUUUUCUCUGGGUCAGAAUGCUCGCAUGCGUGUUUUUGUUGCGUCUUUGUACAUAUUUAUUGUGCAUGUGCUAACUUCCAUAUAUUUCUUUCGUGCAUUAAAAAUAUGAAUUUAUCCCAAAA